AUGUCAAGCGAAGAAUCAAAUAAUUUCAAACGACGAAGAGUAGCAAGAGCUUGUGAUACUUGUAGAAGAAAGAAAGUACGUUGCGAUGGUGUUCAACCUGGUUCCGAUCCUCCAUCCUGUACUAAUUGUAAAGCUUAUGGAUAUGAAUGUUCCUUUAUUGAUGCACCAAAAAAAAGAGGUCCACCAAAAGGUUACAUUGAAGCCUUGGAAACCAGACUUCAACGAAUGGAAUCUAUUCUUGGAGGAUUAGUACAAUCCGGAGAUUUACCAGAAGGAACAAUUAAUUCAAAUCUUGAAUGGAUUAAUGUUAAUGAAAAUGAUGGAUUAUCAAGUGAUAGUAAUGAAUAUAAUGGAUCACAAUAUGAUUUAAAUGAUAGUAUGGGUCAAUUAGCUAUAGAUGAAAAAGGUCAUACUAGAUAUUUAGGAAAUAGUUCAGGAAUAUUUUUAUUAAAAUUCACCAAAAAAAUUACUCAUGGACAAAUGAUAACAGUUCCCAGAGGAGAAUGGCAUACACCUUCAACUCGAAGAAUCGCUGCACCAGAUAUGACAUUAGAAUUACCACCUAAAGAAUUAUGUGAUUUAUUAUUAGAUACUUUUUGGAGAGAGAUUCAUCCUUACAUGCCUUUCAUUGAUAAACAAGAUUUUAUGGAAAAAUAUAAUAAUUUGGAAACUAAUUAUACACAUAUAAUAUUACUUUACGCUAUGUUUGCGGUGGCGGCUAGAUUUGUGGAUAAUCCAGCGGUACGAAGUGAUCCGGAUGCACCUUCUACUGCAGGUACUGAAUACUUCGAAAAAGCCAAAGAAUUACUUAAAGAUGAAUUUGAUAAUGCAACUAUACCUACAAUUCAAGCAUUAUUAAUAUUAACUGGUCAUCAACAAGGAGCCAAAAAUUCAACUACUUGGUUAUAUAGUGGAUUGGCUACUCGUCUUGCUCAAGAUAUGGGAUUACAUCGUGAUUCGGCUAAAUGGAAUUUGGAUGAUAGACAAUCUGAAGUUCGAAGACGAGUUUGGUGGUCUUGUGUUGUAGUUGAUCGGUGUGUUAGCGCCGCUUUAGGAAGGGUUUAUUUUGAUGUUCACCUUCCCGUCACGGGAAUAUUAUCUGACGAUCCUCCAAAUUCAGUUAAAGGAUUUGUUGAAAUGAUCAAAAUUAUUACAAUUUUGGGUAGAGUUCUUUCACAUAUCUAUGGAAUUAAAGCUACUAAAACCUUAAAUGGUAAUAAUGAUUCAGUAUUAGCAACUUUGGAUGCCGAAUUAAAUGAAUGGCAUGACAAUAUACCACAAGAAUUUAAAUAUGAUUCAACAAUGUCAUUUGGAGAUAUUGAAAGUAAUAGAAAAAUGUUUAUGCAUUUAAUUUAUUAUACUGUACAAAUUCUUUUACAUCGACCUCAUAUUCGUGGACCAAAAUCUAAAGCACCACCUUCAUCAAUUCCUUCGCUUACAAUAUGUACUAUGGCAGCUAAUAAUAUUACACAUAUAUUAUAUCGAUCAAUGAAAGACGGAUCAUUAAGAGUUAAUUGGAAUUAUGCAGCUUUUCCUUUCUUUACUGCAGCCACAAUGCAUAUUAUAAACGCUUUAAGUGGUGAUGAUAGAUUUAGAGAAGUAGCGAAACAUGGGUUAAGAAUGACUUUAAAAUGUUUAGAAUUUUUAAAACCAUAUUGGUUUGCUACUGAAAAAGUGAUACUUAUAUUUAAUGAAUUAAUUGCAGAUAAAAAUAUUAAUCUUUAUGGAAUUAAUGAUUUACAGAAUAAAUCAUCAAAGAAAUUUGUAAAUAUAGAAGAUAUGAUUUGUGGAUUACAUGAUAGUAGUUCAAGUUCGUUAGACAUGCCACGAGUAACAUUCGCACCAUCACCACCUUUAUCCAAUACAUCACAUGCAUCACCACGUGAAUCACCACAACAAACGCAACAUAAUUCACAUACAAUUCAAGAAUAUAAUAUAGCCAUGAGGCAACAACAACAACAAAUGGUUGACAUUAAUAAUGUUAAUCAUUAUAAUGAUUCUUCUAUAACAAUGAAUUAUGAUCAAAGUAAUUCACCAGAAUCAACCACAUCAUCAUCUGGAAGUGGAUUUAUGCAAUUCAAUAAUAAUGAAUUUAAUAUUUCAGAUAUUUCUCCCAAUAAUUCGCUUUUUGUACCAAAUGCUGAUGCAUUUUCUUCCGAUGUAUCAUCACUUUUAUUUGAUGGAGAUGAUCCCAUGGGUGAUAAUAAUCCAUUUUUAUCACUUCCUUCAGCUAUCGAUUGGACAGAAAAAAUGGAAGUUGACUCCAGACCAACUAGUGGUUCAUCAAGUAGAGAAAGUAGUACCAGUAGUGGAGGUUUCAGCUCUCAUAAUACAUCAUCAUCGAAAUCUUCUAUUCUCCUGGCUCAUCAAAAUGGUCGAAAUGGAUUAAUAAGAUGUUAUGGAAUUACGCAACAUCCCGAAACUAAAGAUUAUGCAAUAGUAAUUCGAUGUAUAGAAACAGACUUGAAAAGUUUUCUAUAUAAAGAUCAACCAUUUCCCGAAUACGAUUGGAAAACAAAAUUAGAAAUUAUCUCGAAUAUAGCUUUUACUCUUCAACGAAUUCAUGAUAGUGCAGAAGAAGUUUCACUUUGGGUACAAUGGUGGUUAGAUGUAUGUAAUGAACCAUCUUCUGAUAUUGCCGAAGAAUUUCAUAUUGCUGAUAAUGAAAGAAAAUUUAAAGAAGGUAUUACUUGGAUACAUCCAGAAGCAGUGUAUCAUAGACGACAUUUAGAUUUUCCAAGUUUACCGGAUCCAGAAAAUUUUUCAUCGGAAACCUAUUAUAAAAUGGUUUCAUUUUGUGCACGAAUUCAAUUAGAUUCUAAAGAUAUUUUCGGUAUUUAA